AUGGUCAAGGAAAUGGGCUUACCAAGAGACUCCCUCGAGAGACGCCGCGGCGGUCGUGGCGGCCCUGCACCCCGCAGGGACCGCAGAGAAGACGGCGAACGAGUUCCCAAGCGUAUCAACAACGACUACAACACCCAGUUCAAGCGCGAUGCUCCCAACCCCCAGAACAGGAAGAGGACUGGAUUCAACCCUAUGGCCAAGGCUCAUAUGGGUUCGGAUGCUUAUAAGGGACAUGCCAAGAAGUUGAAGGCGGACUUGAUCCAUAAGGCCAAGGUCAAGAAGGAGUAUGCCAAAGUCUUGAAGCAGGAGGCUGGAGAGACCCCCGAGUUUUAUAAGAAGAUUUUUGGAGAGAAGACGAUCGACGAUGAAGGAAACGUUAUCGCAUACAAGGAUGGAGAAGAUGAGGAGAUGAGCGGAAGCGAAGGCGACGAGGACAUGGAAGGAUCAGGAUCAGAAGCCGAGGAGGAGGAAGAAGUCGAGUCCGAAGAAGAGCAGGCACCCAAGAAGGGAAAGGGCAAGAAGGACACACCAGCACCCAGCAACAAGAACGCCAAGCAGGAGGAUGGUUCGUUCAAGCGUGCCGCCAAGCCCAACCCCUUCAAGGCUGCCAUUGAGAAGCGUGAAGCCGAGAAGAAGGCCAUUCAGGAUGCCCGCGACCGCGCGCAACGUGCCAGGGCAGAUGCCAAGAAGGGCCGUGACACAUACUACGCCAACCGCGAGAAAGCGACAAAGAAGAUGCGCGAGAAGACUCCUAGCGGCCAGCCUGUGCUCGCCAACCAGAUCAAGAUGAUGCUCGGAAAGAUCAAGGAGGACGUCAAGGAGAACAAGACGAGGGCACCCGUUCAGCGAUGGGGUGGUCGUGGUGGUCGCAAGAACGCUGGACGUGGCACCACCAGAGGCACCAAGAAGGGUACUUCAAGCGCUCAUCAGGAGUAA